CCCCUCCCCUCCCUCCACCCCAGACCAUCUCCCUAUAUUCGCACUCUUUCUCCUCCAAGGCCUGUAACCUCUCUCUCUCUCUCUUUCUAACACUAUCUCCUUCCCAAUUUCUAUUGCAAGAUUCAAGAGGCAAGAGCACCUGAAUGUCAGGUUUGAGUGUCCUUCUAUGUGAACAUCUGUUCUUCUAAAUCCUCCCAUUUCGAGAUUUUGGUUUCCUCAAACUUGGCUAUAUAUCUUUCCUCUCAUUCCUUGACAAAUCCUCAUUCUUCACCCCAAGCUAUUAUCCAUAAAACAAGCAACUCUCACUUGUACUCUUUGUUAGGCUGGCUCUCUUCUCUCUCCUUAUUCCUUAGAGACACAUUCAUAAAAACCUUCAGAUCAUGUAAUUUUUGCCUCCUUGCUUCCAUCAACACACUUGGAGAGAGCUUUAAAAAAAAAAGAAGAAGAAGAAGAAGAAGAAUCUUUUGGCUUUAUUUCUCAUGCAUCCUUGAAAAGGAGCCAGCUUAUAUUGUUAUCAAUCCUGGCUACAACUCUACCAUUCUCAUAGCCAUACCUUUAUAAAAAACAACAAAUCAUGUAAUAAGUUCCCUUCUUAGCACAUCCCCUUCAAAACAAAAAAAGAAAAAAAGAAAAAAAAAAGAAGAAAAAAAGGUCAUUUGGUAUAGCUUUGGAUGAUGCCGGAGACCGAGAACGGAACACCGAACGUGUCGGCACCACCGACGCCGGGCACGCCGGGGGCGCCACUCUUCUCGUCGCUCCGAGUCGACUCGCUGUCCUACGAUAGGAACUCGAUGCCGCGGUGCAACAGGUGCCUGCCGGUGAGCUCCUACUCCUGGGCCUCCCCUCCCACGUGCUUCACCGAGAUCCCCAAGCCCGACGUCUCCCUCACCCGCAAGCUUGGAGCAGAGUUCGUGGGCACCUUCAUACUGAUAUUUGGUGCCACCGCGGCUCCCAUCGUGAACCAAAAGUACAAUGGAGCCGAGACACUCAUCGGCAAUGCCGCCUGCGCCGGCCUCGCCGUCAUGAUCGUGAUCCUCUCCACCGGCCACAUCUCCGGCGCCCACCUUAACCCCUCCCUCACCAUCGCCUUCGCAUGCCUCCGCCACUUCCCCUGGGUCCAAGUCCCCGCCUACAUCUUCGCCCAAGUCUCCGCAUCCAUCUGUGCUUCCUUCGCACUCAAAGCCAUCUUCCAUCCCUUCCUCUCCGGCGGCGUCACCAUCCCUUCGGUCACCACCGCCCAGGCCUUCUUCCUCGAGUUCUGCAUCACCUUCAAUCUCUUGUUCGUCGUCACCGCCGUUGCUACAGAUACUCGAGCGGUGGGAGAAUUGGCCGGUAUAGCAGUUGGGGCUACGGUUAUGCUUAACAUCCUUGUGGCCGGGCCGUCGAGCGGUGGGUCGAUGAACCCGGUGAGGACGCUGGGGCCGGCGUUGGCCGCCGGGAACUACAAGCAGAUAUGGAUAUAUUUGGUGGCACCCACUGCGGGGGCCAUCGCCGGGGCUGCCACCUACACCCUCGUCAAGCUCACGGACGAGGACGGGGUGACACCUCGCACGCCGAGAAGCUUCCGCCGCUAGAGUCUCUGCCAUGCCUACUACUGCUCUAUUUGGUUCGUGUGAUUGGGAGUUGUGGCUUUGUGAGUGGUGACAAGUAGUGUGUGAUUAUAACUAUGUGAGAGAGAGAAGAAAUUGACGUGGUUAUUAGCAAAAGGUCAAGGUCCAGGGGAAUGUCAACGUGCUGACGUGGAGAGUGGAUGCGCUGUGGCUGAUGUGGAGCUAGCUGUCUCUUAGUGUUGAGAGUGCGAGGCGGGGCGAACCUCAUGGGGUGGGUGGAUGGGGGAGGUUCGGUCUGUCAGUGGUCCAUAUAUUGCGUGGUUGUGAGGAGUCAUUGGCUUUUGGAAUAAAGUGAGUGUGAUCUA